GGGGGGCGCGAGCUGUUGACGUGGAACUGCCCUCACCUUAGCAACCAGGAAGUGAUUGACACACACCCACAUACACAACACACACAGCAGGAGGGAACUCACAAACACACAUCCAAAAGCUCUGUUUUCCUGCCAAACCUGAUGGUGUGGCUAAAGUUAGCCCCCUGUGGGCUAGUAUAUAAGACCCCAUGGGUGCAAUGCAUACAUGUCAGUCACAUCGGCUUGGCGUAGGCUUCUCUUCUUGACCACCAACAACCCCAAAACUUGAGAGAUGGCACCCAAGAAGGCCAAGAGGAGGCAGCAGCAGGGAGAGGGUGGAUCCUCCAAUGUGUUCUCCAUGUUUGAGCAGAGCCAGAUCCAGGAGUACAAGGAGGCUUUCACAAUCAUCGACCAGAACAGAGAUGGCAUCAUCAGCAAGGACGACCUUAGGGACGUGCUGGCCACCAUGGGCCAACUGAAUGUGAAGAAUGAGGAGCUUGAGGCCAUGGUGAAGGAAGCCAGCGGCCCCAUCAACUUCACCGUCUUCCUGACCAUGUUCGGCGAGAAGCUGAAGGGUGCUGACCCCGAGGACGUCAUCGUGAGCGCUUUCAAGGUCCUGGACCCCGAGGGCACUGGCGCCAUCAAGAAGGAAUUCCUUGAGGAGCUCCUGACCACCCAGUGCGACAGGUUCACCGGCGAGGAGAUGACCAACCUGUGGGCUGCUUUCCCCCCUGAUGUGGCUGGCAAUGUGGACUACAAGAACAUCUGCUAUGUCAUCACACACGGAGAGGAAAAGGAGGAAUAAAUCCCCUCUCUCAAACUCUCUACCUCCGUUCAAACCCACAAUGGCCCCCAUCAUCACCAUCUACUCACUCCCUCUUCUCCAACGCCGCCGCUACCUUGCACAUGCUCGCCCCCUUGGCCAGCACUUUCACAACAAAAAGACUUGUCUCCUUUAUGGGGAUCCUCAGUGAGAGGACCGAAGGCUGUGGGGGUGUUUGUGUGUGAGCAGUACCAACAGGGGAAACAUGGGAUUAUUUUCAAUAAAAAUAAUCUUGUGCUACUGAAACUCUUUCUCCAUGUCUGUCCCUGCCUCUUCUUCCUCCUCCUUUUCCCCCGUCAAACAUUCUGUCUUUCUGCGUUGAGGCCAACAGUGCGUUCAUCAUACCUACAUAUGGCGUGUCAGUCAGUCUAAUUCUUGGGUGCUAUGGUGCAAGCACAGUCGCUCACUUGAAACAAGUGAGCAGCCUGACCUGAGUGGUCUGUUAGUCUCAAUCUGGCAAAGUGUUUCAUGGAUUUGUGCCUUUGUUUGUAUUAGGAGGGAGCACGUUGCAAAGAGUUGGAGUACUGCACUAUAAUAGUUUACCUUCUUCUCUUUUGAAUCUGCCUCCCUGUCUUCUAUGCGGGUACAAAAGGAAAAGUUGAACUGGAAAAAAGGAAAGCAUGAAUUUUCUUGCCUUUAAUUCUUGUAAAUAGAGAAAGAUAUGGUGAAAGAUGGUGAGUGGGAGGCAGAGAUGAAAUAAACAAAAGUGAAACAUCUUUGUUUUUCGACUCUUCUUCCUCCCUCUCGCCGCUGUUUCUCUCCUUUGUUUGUGACUGUGCCUGUAACUAAUAAAGAAGUACAAAUAAAAUCUACUAUCUUU